CAGUCAAUACGAGUUCGAAUGUACGUGCGGACGGUUCGUUUGAAAGUUCUAAUAAAAUGUAUUUACGUUGGAUGAAUUUGUGCUUUUACGUUUACAUUGUUUUCUGUUUCAUUUGCUACGAGACGAAAAGUGAGUUUCUUAAAAAAUCAUCUGAAAAGAAAUUAAAGAUUCUUGGCCUUUUUCCACAUCCCGGAAAAAGUCAUUUCUUCGUUAUUCAGCCUAUAUUAGAAGAAUUAGCUAGGCGUGGACAUGAACUUACAGUGAUCUCGUAUUUCCCAAGAACAAACAGUAGCAAAGUAAAAGAAUCGUUACCAAAUUAUAAGGAUAUCAGUUUGAUUAGUGAUAAAUAUGAGGUUUCCGAGGAAUCGGUUAAUUUAGGUAAAAUACAUCACAUUCCGUUCGUUACUUCAAUAAAGGAAUUGCUUUUCCUCAGCAAACGUGGUCAAAAAAGUUGUGAAGAUGGAAUGACCAAUCCUGGGGUUCUCGAAUUCCUUCAUUCGAACCAAACAAUCGACUUAAUAUUUAUCGAGAACUUCAAUACCGAUUGCUUUUUGAGUUUCGUACAUAAGUACAAGGUGCCUUUCGUGGGAAUAUCAACUUGUCAAAUCAUGAGCUGGACAAAUAAUCAUAUUGCAAAUCCCGAUGACGAAGCUAACAUACCCAGUGUAUUAGGAUACAAAAAAAUGCCGAUGAACUUUUUUGAUAGAACUGCAAAUCUGCUAUGGAUUCGUGUACAAAAUAUUAUGUUCGAUGUUUGGUAUAAUUAUCAUCAUCGUGGUCCAGCUGAAAAACUUUUUGGAUCCGAUUUACCAAGAUUCGUAGACAUUGCCAAACAACAAUCACUUUUAUUGACGAACACACAUUGGUCUAUUCAUGGUUCUAGACCACAACUUCCAAAUAUUAUUGAAAUUGGUGGGGUUCAUCUGCCGUCUUCAAUUAAACCACUACCACAAGACCUUGCUAAGUUUCUCGAUGAAGCAAAAGAAGGUGUAUUGUACUUUUGUCUUGGAUCCAUGAUUAAAGCAUCAACGAUGCCUCCAGCUAGGCUUCAGUUUAUUAUUAAUGUCCUUAGGUCUAUACCAAGAAAGAUUGUUUGGAAAUGGGAAGAUGAUAAUUUUACUGCGAAACCUGAUAACGUUUUCAUCAGCAGAUGGUUACCACAAUUCGACAUACUAAAUCAUCCAAAUGUAAAAGCUUACGUGGGCCAUGCCGGUUUGUUAGGUUUGACAGAAGCUGUGUACGCAGAAGUCCCGAUGAUUCUUAUACCGAUGUACGGUGAUCAAUAUACAAAUGCUGCAAUUGCAGAGUAUAGGGGUGUAGCUAUAUUACUCGAAUACGAGGAACUAAACGAGAAAAUCUUCAGGCACGCUUUGGAUGAGAUUUUCAAUAACACUAGGUAUAGGGAUAAUGUGAAAAAGCUUUCAAAGGCUUUCAGAGAUCGACCAUCGAGUCCAUUGGAGACAGCAGUAUGGUGGAUCGAAUAUGUCGGCAGAGGAAAUGGUUUAGCAUAUAUUCGAAGCGAUGCAGUGGAACAACCGUGGUAUCAACGUCACCUUCUAGACGUCAUUUUAUUUUUGAUCCUUCUCUUUUUAUUCAUAUUAUACGCUAUUUAUCGGCUGAUCAAGUUUUUAAGUAAAAGGACGAGCACGAAGAUGGAACAUGUCUAUGAUAAUAAAAAAUCGAAAAAAAGAGAUUAAAACAAAUGAAAAACUUCGUGGAAUUUUCUUUUAAUCUAUU